AUGCAUCGGUGCGCGUUACCUGGACGUUUCAGAGAGUUGACGCGUGGAAAAGCGCUUCGUUGUGCCUCACAGUGGAGACGGUGUGUGAACGUGCUGCUCAAGCCGACGAGAGACACACUAGCCAGCACCAGGGUGCACCGUUGGUCGGUACCGGUUUUGGUUUUAGAAAAGGCAAAAGUCGCUUGCCUACCCAUGUCGACGAGCGCUGGAAGCGACGCGUCCAGUGCGCGCUGCCCCACCGGUCGAGACGCAACGCGAGGUGAACACGCGACGGGCCUCAAUUCAAACGCUCUCAGCAACGAAUGUACAGACGAAUCGCUGCCUGGAGUGCAAGUCACGACAGCCGCCUUGGCAGCGCGUGGCGGCACGGACAGAGGCUGCGCAUCAGCUGACACUUGCUCAUCGAGCCGCACCUCAAAAGAGCCGCUGGAAGCUGUCCCCGGUGAAACGCGUGAAGCAUCAAGUCGGAGGCGCGUCGCGGAACAAGCGUGCUCUCCGGCAAAGUCGCUGGUGACUUGUUCUGAACACCUCAGUAUCGGGACUUCUGGGGACACGCUGCAGCACGACCGUGUCGACGAGUCACGCCAACGCCCGACGCCAGCCACGUCAUCAACCGGGAACUGGGAUACCGAACAAGUCGAGCGCCUGUCUAUCGCUGAACUUUUACGUGUGGAACCUUCGUCUUUAGAAGAUUAUGAGCGCUUGCUGGUCGAGACCAAAGUCGCAGCCGCCAAUGCAGAGUCGGAACGAGAGCGACUUGAGUACCAAGUGCAGUCGCUCCGAAAGCGAGUUCUAGAGCUUGAGACAGCCUUGGAUGCGACGCGAGAGGCCUACGAAGCCCUCAAGCUCAAGUCACUUCACCUCUCUGACGAGGUGGAAACAUUGCAAAGACGAAACAGAGCGCUGGAGUUGCGUCUCUACGACCUUGACGGGGAAUGGAAUCGCGGCCGAAAUACCCAACGAGAGGGCACGUCGAAAGCCACAGGGCUUUAG